AUGGAGGUGUGUGUGUGGAGCGAGUUUGUAAACGAACGGCUGCCGCUGGGAAAAGAAAAAGAGAAAAUGCGGCCUCGCACCGGGAAACGCGAUGGCACCCCGCGAGGGCUUUUACUGGUAGUUGCCGCACUUGCGCUUUUUUUAGCAUGCGCUGCGGAGGCCUCGCCAUUUUCUGUCGUCAAGACCAUCGCCGCCUCCUACCAUCCGGGGGAUAUCAUUCCGGUCAUGGUGAGCCCGCUGACGUCAAAGCUACGCGUUAUGCCGAUGCAGUGGAAGUCGUUGGCGCAGUGCCCAAGGAGGGAGAAGCAGCAGCGGCGUCGGCGCAAUAUUGGCCAGUUGCUCUUUGGCGACCAGCUGGAGGAGUCCGCGUACGACGUGACGGUGUUGGCGAAUGAAACGUGUGUGCCGCUUUGUACAGUGAAACUGACUUUGAGGGAAAAACUCUACAUGGCUAAGCUUAUUAGUGGCCGCUACCGCGCCAACAUGUAUGUUGACGACCUUCCGGGCGUAGAGGACGUUAGUAUCUCAAAGGGACGGCGUCGUGUGAAUACGGGGUACUACUUGGGCGCUAGAAGCACCCCGUUUACCGAUGGGGGCAUGACGGUGAACAACCACCUCAUCUUUACCAUCUCCUACCACACCGUGGACUCCCCGUUUAAUUUGGAGAACAGAUCGUACAGAAUUGUGCAGUUUCAAAUCGCAGCCACCAGCGUCCACUACAAAAAUGCAAUCUGCGAUCGCGCCGACCUGGUGGCAGGCAGGCCCCAGCGUCUGAUGGACGGCGAAAUAUCGUACUCGUACAGCGUGCAGUGGGUGGAAUCGCCCCUGACAUGGUCAACGCGCUGGGACGUGUUUAUGAAGCUGACAACGCGGGAGUCUAAGAUUCACUGGUUCAGCAUCAUGAACUUUUUCAUCAUCACUCUGUUGCAGACUGUGGUGUUGUGGUACGUGCUGAUCCGUGCGCUGCGCCGCGACUUCUUGUACUACAAGGAGGCUGAAGCCGAGGAGACCGAUGAGACUGGGUGGAAGCUUGUUCACGGCGACGUCUUUCGCCGACCGCGCGGUGUUGGUCUCCUCUCCAUCUGCGUUGGUACCGGGACGCAGCUGGCCAUGAUGUUGGGCUCCACACUCUGCGUGGCGUGCAUGGGCUUUAUUUCACCGCAGAGCCGUGGGACGCUGGUGAGCACCCUGCUCUUCCUCUUUGUGCUCUUCAGCUUUUUCAAUGGGAUGGUCACAGCAAUGCUUAUUAAGUACCUGCGGAUGCGAUCAUGGAAGUUGAUCUUCGUCGCCAGCGUCUUCUACCCGGCACAGAUGUUUUUGGGCUACUUUGUACUCAAUUUUAUUCAUAUUGGCAGCCACGCCGCCAGCUCCGCCUCUCUGUAUUCGCUCAUCACUCUUUUGCUCCUCUGGCAGGGCGUCUCUACGCCGCUGUUGCUGGUUGGCGCAGCGGUGGGGUUUAGCAUGAGCCUUACAACUCCCGUGAAGGUGAACAGCAUUCCUCGCACCAUUCCGCCGGCGCCGUGGUACUUUGACUCUGCGCUCACAAUACUUCUCCCCGGGCUCGUGCCAUUUGCCGCGGCGCAUGUGGAGAUCACGUACAUCUUUGGAAGCGUCUGGCACGGGACAGUCUACUACAUGUUUGGCUUUCUCCUGGCGGUGUACGUGCUAUCUAUGGUCAUCGCCGCACAAACGGCCGUGUUCUCGACCUACAUUCAACUGAAUCGACUGAACUACCACUGGUGGUGGCGCUCGUUUUUGACCUCCGCGUCGUACGGCGUCUGGAUACUCCUCUACAGCAUCUACUACUACUUCUACAACUCCACACUGAAAGGGUUCUUGAGUGCCGUGCUCUUUUUUGGCUACAUGGGGAUGGCGGCGUACACGCUCUGCCUGCUGAGCGGCGCUGUGGGCUUCCUGGCCUCCUUUUUAUUUGUGCGAAUCAUCUACAGUAACAUCAAAGUGGACUAG